GUCAUUAAUUUCGUUCAUUCAUUAUCUGAAACCUUAUUGAGGAGCUCGCGCAAGAAGAAGAAUAAUCAUGUCGUCGGAAUACUCGCAGAAGCAAUUGGUGAGACCAUUGACCCAGUCAGAUAACCAGGUGUUGGAUUCAGUUCGUGGUUGCUAUAUCGUCAACAAGCCUGGUGAAACCUUCAAUGUCGAGGCUUUUUUCAGUGUUGUUGCAGACAUCAUGGGUCCUUCCAUUGGCUUUGCCAAUCCAAGCAUUAAGUAUGUUGCACAAGAGACGAAGGACAAGGCUAACCUUGCCAAUUUCGAGCCACCGACACAUUUACUCAAGCAUAUUGCUUGUCAGAUGACGCGAACACGACACGAUGAGCACCAUUCAUUCGCACACAAAACAACAAUGGCGAUUCUGAAAGAACUAGACGCAUAUUCAUGGUGUGCGAAAGCAGUGACAGCACUGGCAGCAUUUGCAUUACUGUAUGGGAAUUUCUGGCACCUUUUUCAAGUUCCGAAUGAUGACAACCUCGGAAAAUCGUUGGCAGUGCUGAACCAUGUUCAAGCCUUCGAGAGAAGCCGCAGUGACAUCUCCAACUACAACCUCGUCGUCAACACUGUGUUCCUCUGCGUCGAAUAUCUAGUUCGGUUGGAGAGAAUGUCCAAACAAGGCUAUGACGUUAAUAACGAUAUCCCGACGUUGGAGAAAGCUAUUCAGGAUUUCCCUGUCAUCGUUUACUGGACUGUCCUCACCAUUGUUAUCUGUGCUAGUUAUAUUGAUAUCCUCUUCUAUUAUUGGUCAAGUGUAUAUGAAAUCUCCAAUAUCAGCAGCAAGAUUUCGACCAUUCUCUUCAAAUUACAGGAUUAUCUGGCAAAGAUAGAGAAAGAGAAAGCUCUGAUGGAUGAAUACAACGAACGUUACAGGGUGGUCUUUCAAACUCCCACAGAGAUAGUGCAGGUUUUGAAGUGCCUUCUUCUCCCCAAAGAUUUGAAGGACCCACAUGUUUAUCAAGGCUCCACUGGAUCAAUGGUGAGCAUCGAGGUGUUCAGGCAGAAACAUGUGUUGCUGUUCCUUUCUGGGCUAUACAGCAUAGAAGACGAGACCCGUCUGUUAAAAUCCAUCUACCAAGGACUGAGGAAAGAUCCAAAAGAAGUCAAAGGACUAAAGAAAGACGACUUCAAGAUCCUGUGGGCCCCAAUUGUUGAUUAUGACUCAUCUGUAACUGGAGAUCACACAAAAGACAGGAAAAAGUUUGAAGAGUUGAAGAGACAGAUGGACUGGUACGUGGUGGAGUGCUCCAUUAUUCCUCCAAUAUGCAAGAAGCUGAUCAGAAACGGACUCAAGUAUCAGAGUGAACCUAUGGUCCCUGUGUUUAAUCCUCAAGGUGGUACAACAAAUCCGAAUGCUUUGCACAUGUUGUUUGCUUGGGGUGAUUCCGCUUUCCCCUGGGGCAAAGACGAUGACUUGCAUCCUAACAAAUGCAUAAAUGACAUAUUUGAGAAUAUGAUGGAAAGGUUCUGUUGUUGCUCAUGAUUGGUUUAAUGGUUACAUACAUAGACCUUGUACAGCCUUAUCGCGCAAACGCACUAAUGUGCAAAUAAUGAAAAAAGGUGCAGAGGUACUGUCUUACAUGUCCCAUAUCUGAAGCACAAGAAACAAAAUAUCUACAGCUAAUACAUUCUAGUAGCUUCUGAGAUAAUAUACUUAUGUCUCUUGGAUCAAGAUCUUGGGCUUCUGCCAUUUAUCAUUGGGCUUGUUUGAAUCUUGGGCUUUAUCUUUAACUCUCCCCUUCAAAUGAGAGGGUAUCUCAGUGACCCCGAGUUUGCUUCUUAGAUAGAUGAAAGGAGAAUGAUACAGGGGCUUGGUGAAUAAAUUGGCAUUUUGCUCAUUUGAUGGAACAUAAUUAACCUUCAGUUGUCUUGCUAGAAUCAUGAACAUAAUGAAUGUCAAUCUCAAUGUGCUUUGUUCAAGCAUGAUAGACUGGAUUUUCUACUAGUGCCAUUGCAUUGAUAUUAUCACACCAUAUCAUUGGUGUUCUGACUUUGGGAAUCCAUACUUAGAUAACAAGGAAUUGAGCCAUGCAAUUUUAGCAACUGUGUUAGCUAGAGCUCUAUGCUUUGAUUUAGUGCUUGAACGAGCUACAAUACUUUGUUUCUUUGAACACCAAGAGACUAAUGAAUUGCCAAGAUAUACACAAUAUCCAAUCACAGAUCUUCUAUCAGUUGGACA